AGUCAACCUCGGCAGAAGCUCCUGUUAUCGGAAAUGGGACUCCACCGAACUACAUGUAAAAACUAUAUUUUUCUAGCCUCCAAAACCCCUAAUCUGUCAAUACACUCUUAAAUAACAGGCGCACUCAUCGUCAUCUCUCUUUUACAGGGCGCCUAUAUUUCCAGCGAUCUAUCCAGUCUCAUAUUCAAAAUGGCCGACAUUCAACUUGACACGACGCCCAUUGCGAUCCCGGAGCCCGCCAUAAUCACCGAGCCCACGGCUAUCUUAGAGUCCUCAGAGCCCACGACCACCAAAGAGCUCGCCAGCGUCCCUGAGACCAUCCCAGAGCCCAUCGCCGUCUCCGCGCCCAUCACCACCACCUCCCCCACCGUCUCCCCCCCCGCCUCCCUCCCCCUCGCAAAGCCCUCGCCCUCCUCCCCCGCCUCCGUCAAAACCCUCCAAUCCUGGCUCCCCCUCUACCUCACCAAAACCGACCGCCUCCUCACCCACUUCAGCCGCAUCAUCUCCACCCCCUCCGGCACCGAUGCCACCCUCCUCACCCUCGGCUACUCCUCCCUCGCCCUCUCCUCGCUCCUCACCCGCCUGUCCGCCCCUUCCCCAAAGCACACCCUCGCCGCCCGCCGCCUCGCAGCCCUCUACGCGCUCUGCUCCGAUGUGCGCAUGUUCGCGCGCCUCUUCGGGCUGUUCGGGAUGUGGCAGUGGGGGAAGAGCGCGGUUCUCACACCGUCCGCUGAUCCGGUGGAGCGCCAUAUUGUGAAUGCACAAGUGCUGGUGAAUACCAUCUACCAGGUCCUGGAGAACGGGGCGUACCUGAGCUCGAAGGGGGUGCUUGGGUGGACGCCGGAAAAUCAGGGGAAGGCGUGGAUAUGGAGUAGUAGGUGUUGGGCUGCGCAUACGGCGUUGGAGUUCGUGAGGUUAGCGAGGGAGAGGCAGGUUAGGAAGAGGAAGGCGUUGGGGGAGAAGAGUGACGAGGCUGUCAAAGAUUUAGCGUGGAAGAGGGAGGUGUGGAUUAAUUCGGGAUAUGCGCCGUUGACGAUCCAUUGGAGUUUGGAGGGGGGGAUUAUUAGCCCCCUGACGGUUGGGUUGUUGGGAAGCUUUGUGGGUGCGGUGAAGAUGAAUAGGUUGUGGGAGGCCACGGCUUAAUGGGAAAAGUUGGUGGUGAGAACUGAGAGCCAGCGAUCGUGAGUGGUUGGGUUUUUGGUAGAAGCGGUGGGUGUGUUUGAAUAUACGACCUCGAAACUUUAGAAGACAAACAUAGUGUAUAUUUACGGAGGAAAUAUCGGAUACCACAAUACAUAUCAUUUCAAGAGAAACAUUAUACGAUUAUACCA